AUGAAAGAUUUAGUAACAGGUUAUGAAUUAGAACCAUCUGAUGAACUGAUGGCGGCACAAGCAUUCUUUUUCUUUAUCGCUGGAGCUGAUGUAUCGGCAUAUACUAUGCAUUUCGUUCUGUUGGAGUUAGCAGGAAAUCUUGAUAUUUUACAAUGGUUGCAUGAUGAAAUAGACAACGUUUUUGAGAAAAGUGUCGAUCAAAUUUCUUUUGAUGACAUAGAAAAUAUGAAGUACCUUGAUAUGGUUAUGAAUGAAGCUAGUCGAAAAUAUCCAACAGUUGGUAUUAUUCAAAGAAGAUGCACAAAAGAUACCACACUACCUAUUGGACAAGUGAAAAUUGAAAAAGACGUCACAGUGGUAAUCCCCGUUUAUGCAAUACACAGAGAUGAAAGAUAUUACCCAAAUCCCGAGUUAUUUGAUCCAGAGAGAUUUUCUCCAGAAAAUAUGUCUAAAAUUCCAAAAUUUAGUUACCUACCAUUUGGAGAAGGAAAUCGAAGUUGUCUGGGUGCAAGAUUUGCCCGGCUUCAAGUGAAAGUUGGACUAUCGUGGCUCUUAAGAUAUUAUACAUUAAAAAAACGCGCUUACAGACCAAAAUACUUUGAACCAAGCUCUUUCGCUCUACGAGAUACAAACGCCCGCUUCCAUCUCAUUCCGAGAAGGAAAGUUUAA